GCCUCUCCGUCGCGGCGGGCGGCGGCCAACCCUAGCUCCCCGUCCCGGUUCCGACCCUCCCACUCCAUUCCCCAGCCGCGACGAGCGAGCGUGCCGAUGUAGGAGCGAAGCCGCGAGUGGUGGGUGACUGGUGGCGUGGAGCGGCGAGCGAAGUAUUGACCCCAAAUCUUCGGUCUCGCUAGUCGCCGGCCAUGGAGAAGGAAGCGGCAGCAUGGGCGGCGGCGGCGGCGGCUGCAGCACCGGCGCCCGAAUCCCAUGGGACCGCGGGGAAGUGGGCUAGGAACAGCGACUGCGACGAGACCGCCGGCGAUUUCAUCAGCAGGCUCCCCGACGACAUCCUCGGCACCGUCAUCUCCCUCCUCCCCACCAAGGACGGCGGCCGCACCCAGGCCCUCUCCCGCCGUUGGCGCCACCUGUGGCUCUCCGCGCCUCUCAACCUCGAGGUCCGCAACCGUCCACCUCGGUGCUUCCCCGGCGUCCCCGCCCUCACAUCCGUUGUCCCCCGCGCCGCCAUCUCAGAGAUACUCUCCCGACACCCAGGCCCUACCCGCCGAUUGUACAUAAACUGCCCCCGCUCCGGGUUCCUCUUUUUCUGGGCGCAGGAGUGGUUUCAAUCCCGAGCCCUCGCCAACCUCCAGGAGCUCGAUAUCAGCCACGCCAACUCCCCGCUGCUGGAAACAGUGCUCCACUCUGCAUCCACCAUCCUCGUUGCCAAGAUCAGCCAUUGCGAUCUCUCUGAAAAGAUCGAGCCGUGCAUGAAUUUUCCCCUCCUCAAGAAGCUCACCCUGUUUUACAUUUCCAUCUCAGAGCAUGUCUUGCACAGACUGCUCUCUGGCUGCCAUGCCUUGGAGAGCUUAUACAUGGCCGAAGUUCGUGCUGCGGGUUGCCUCCGUGUUAGCUCGCCUACUAUUACGACCAUCAUCUUCCGUCAUAGCUCUAGUGAAAAAGCGGAAUUGGUCAUCGAAGAUGCUCCCUGCCUUCUAAGGUUGCUAUUAACUGAUUGUAACCGAGACGAUUGUGUCACUGUCAGGGUGAUUAGUGCGCCUAAUCUGAAGAUAUUGGGUCCUUUCCUGGUUGUCGUUUCCAAGCUCCUGCUCUUCCAGGGAAUAAGCUCUGUCAGCUCCACAAACUCGAUGCACACCUUGAAGGUUUUGGCUCUCAAGCCUUCUGGAGAUAAAUUGCUUGCAGUUCUUAACAUCCUUAGGUGGUUCCCCUGUUUGGAAAAGCUCUGUAUUAUUUUUCAUAAACACUAUGAGAUGCAUGAGGAAAAUGAGCCUCAGUAUGACCCACUGCAUCCAAUCGAAUGCCUUGAGUCCCAUCUCAAAAAAGUGGUGUUUAAGUCAUUCCAGGGCUAUAGGAGACAGGUUGAAUUUGCCAGGUUCUUUGUAUUGAAUGCAAAGGUGCUAGAUAAGAUGGAAUUUGAAGUAUAUAAUCACUACCGCAGUGAAAUGGUGGCUUAUCAAUAUAGGCUGCUACAAGUGGAAAACAGAGCUUCUCGACAUGCUCGGUUUGAAUUCAGGACUACAUCCAUGCCCAUAAACAUGUCCAUGAUUUCUCAGUGGUUGCCCUUCAGACCCAUACACAGGGUUGAUGCCUGAAGAUUGCACUGUCUUGUGCUCAUUUUGUAGAUGGCGUUGAUGCCUAAAGAUUGCAUUGUCUUCCGCACAAGUCUGCUCUAUUUCUAGUCUAAAGUUCCUCUGUAAUGAUUCCAGUAACUUAUGAAGUUACCCCUGUUAAAACUGCAAAAGAAGUUCUUGGAUGCAAAAAUAGUGCACCGUGGAAUAUUUCUGCGGGAGGAUUUAAAAAUAUUACUGACCGAGGGAGCUGGCAUCUGCUGAAACUACUCCUACGGUGUUACCCUAUGCAAUUGUGGCUUUGUUCUGCCUAAGCUGGGCUAGAAACACUUGCUUGUGUGGGAAACUUAAUUGUUUUUCCAGUUAUACACA